GUGACCGCCCUGGCGUUGAUGUCUACAAAGGUUGCGAGAUAGACUAUAGUGGCGAGGAGGUCACGGUCAAAAACGUACAAGGAGUUCUAACCGGCGAUAAGUCGCUAGCAUCGAAGAAAGUUCUGGAAAGCACCGAGAACGAUUACGUCUUCAUCAAUUUUGUGGAUCACGGCGCUACGAAUUUGAUCGGCCUCCCAUUUGAGAGUAUAAAUAAAACACAGCUUCGAUCAUGGUUGACGACCAUGGAGAAGAAGAAGAUGUAUAAACAGUUGGUGUUCUAUGUCGAGACAUGUGAAUCUGGCAGUUUGUUCGAGGGGAAUCCUCCUAUUCCAGGCCAAUAUUACGUCACAGCUUCCAAUCCACACGAGUCAAGCUUUGCAACGUACUGUCCCCCACAUGAUAAGGUUGCUAACGUCUCACUUAACGCCUGUCUCGGAGACCUUUUCUCUGUUAACUGGAUGGAGAAUGAAGACGACUUUUCGCAUACUGGCCGCGAUGAGACUCUGGAGCAGCAAUAUCACCUGGUCAAAAAGGAAACCAAUUCCAGGUUGGAGUCCAACC